GAAAACCCCUUGCCGACGACCCUCACAACGAAGAGCGUCAAAAUGGCGGCCUCCUGCUAUGGAACAUUUGGCCUGUGGAAACAUCAAUAUUCUUCAUAUCAAAACGAAGGAUUUUCAAGACCAGACUCAGAAAUGGUGUGGGUGACUCAAAGAUAUAAUCCACUUGGUUUGUUAUUUAUCAUUAACAUACUACGUAUUGUAAUAAUUGUAACAUGCUUUUUAACCUUUGACUUUGACGGAAAUGAUGGAUAUAAUAUUAUUAAGAAGUUUUGGCCAUGCCUUGCCUUGCAUGAGGUUGAGUUUACCCUAGUUCAGGGGUCGGUUGGCUCUUUGAGGGAACAGAUAGGUUGCAUGCUGCUCCCAAAAUAUUUUCUUAACAGAUAUAAUAUAUAUAAUUUAUAUAUAAUUAUAUAACUUAUAAAAACAUUCUCCUAACUCAAAGGAUAUUGUUGCCAACCACUGCUCUAGCUAUUAAUCAUUAUAUACAAUUACAAAAAUAAAUAAAUAUGAAAUUAAUUUUAAUAUUACCAACCAUGGUCAUAUAAAUAAAUUAAAAUUUGAAUUCACAUUUCAAUUUUAAUAUAUAUAUAUAUAUACUUAUUUAUAUAUAAUUUUAAUAUAUAUAUAUAAUAUACUGAUAUACUAUUGAUAUUAAUAUCCCCCAUAUCCACUAAUAUCACACACAUAAUUAUAUAUGGUGCUAGAUGGCUAAAUGUUUUAAAAUAAGUGAAUCUUGAGCUUUAAUUUCCACAAUACCCACCAAAGACCCAGUCAAGCUAAAUAUCACAAGCAACACGAGUGGUUAAGACCCAUUAAGUUUGGAUGGCAACUUAUCUAAGUGAAGAAAAACUCUGAAUUAAAACUGUAAGCAGAUAUUAUGGACACAAUGAAAAAUGUUGACAAAUUCUGUGACACUACUGAUGUCAAGUCGUAUCAUCCACACAUGAGUUCCCUUGGGUUAUACAGGUGCACGUAGAGAGUCGAUUUGAUGUCUAGGGAACCAGUUUAUACUCCUAAAAAGAAAAAUCCCAGGCAUUGUGAUUUCAUCCACACAAUCGUCACAUUGUGAUGGACGGAUGCCAGAAAAAAAUAUGUAUAAAUGUUUGUGUGAGUGCUUAACUUAUUUAUUUAUUUUAUUAAAAUCAGAUGAGCGUGUGAGAGCCCCUGUUCCCCGCCAUAAACUUUUUGUGCCACGUACCACUCCACUGCCUGAAUCAGAAAGAUACUGGAUUCCUAAAAGUACCACUUCUCCAACAACUUUUGGGAAUGCUCACAGAUCAAAUUUUAUGUUUGUCUCCCACCCAGGUUUGUUAAAAUUGGCUAUGAAAAAAAUAACAUUUAAAAAAAAAAAACAAAGAAAGUGAAAUUCCAUACUAUUUUUUAAAUAUUUGUUAAAAAACUUAUACUAUUAAUAUUUUAGUGGCAAAAUAAAGCAGCUCGUUUUCUGUGGCUUACUUAAAUGUUUAGAUAAUUUUGUUCUAAAACAAUGUAUUAAUUUUAAAAAAAAUUGUUACUACUAGCAGAGAAUGUUAUAAUUUUACUGAUAAUAAUUUAUGAGGGAAAAUUUUUAGGUGAAAUUCCUUUCUUGUCACCUUUGUAAUUAAUGAAUUAAGAAUUGUAAAUUAAUCAUAUUCCUUUAUUACUCUGCUAGCCACAAGGUGUGAAGAUUAUUCAACUUUACGCCAAAUGCUUCCGACUUACAGUAACAUUGUAAGAGUGGAUCAGGCCAAGUGGGGAGUUUCUGGUAGUAUGACUGAAAGGCAAACAGCCAGAAUGCCAUUACGAUUCCCUCAUGUGAAUGGCUGCUUUACAAAGUAAGUGGGGGAUGGCUGAUAUUAGCUAUUAAAAUAUAACAUACUCUGUUGCAUGGCUUACAUAAGAAAAUGUUUUAUCUUUUACUGAUUUAAUUGAUCAUUUGUGGAGCAGGGAGGAGGUGAGGGAUACUUUAACUGGCAAUGGGUAAAAUUUGAAAGGCUCUAAGUCUAAGGAAAGAUGGACAACAAAUUUUCAAUUAACCGUGAAUAAUUUCCAUUUAAUCAUUACAUCUCACAGCAGCCCAUGCAUGACACACUGUUGUGUUAGUUUUUGAAUUCUGCAUCUAUUACUUGCACUAGCUAUACAGUGAUGAGUCCAUGGGAGUCAACUGGAGAGACUGUUACAUUUUAUGAAUUACAUUAACAGCUGCUUACAGGGGAGGAUUUUUUAGUAUAAGGAUUCUACAUUUUUUAAUAUUAUAAUUUUUAAAAAUCAUCUAUGAACAACCUCGAAACUGAUUUCUGCAUUUCAAUUCAUCCCUGCAUUAAACUGCCUAUGUAAGUCUUUUUUUAUUUGUUAAGCUAUUUAUGCAUUAGAUUAGCUUAAUUAUUCACGUUUUACUUGAUAUUUUUAGUUUAAUAUCUUUCCAUCUGCAGAUUUAUUGAUGAAGGAAACAGAAUACACCAAGGAUUUAAGCUCUGCUAGCUAUGAAAUAAACAUCUGAAAAUGGAAUUCUCCAUCUUGCCCCCCCCAAAAAACCAACAAAAAAAAAAAAAAAAAAAUUAAAGGUAAUUU